AUGGCCGAGAGAAAAGUAAUGCCGAGACGGAAGCGGCUCAACGACCCUUCUGGGUCAAGGCCGUCGGAAAGGUCGGAUGUACCGAAGGAACCGGCGAGACCGCCGAGAACGAGGACACAGCAGACCGCGUAUGUGACGACGACGACGACUCACAAUUCCAAUUUCGGAAAUGACAUACAACGUAGCGUGUAUGUGGAAGCGCAGCAGAACCCGACCGAGAAGGCCCCGAUGACGACCCUCGACGAGAACGUGAACCGUGUACCACAACAGGAUAAGACAGCCAACAAUAUGGAUCAUAUAGGAAAAUUUGAUCGAAUAGAAAGGCUCUCACCGAUGGAUGCACAGAUGCAAGACGCGGAUGGUGGGCGGCCUGUCCAAGUGGUACUUGCCCAUCCAGAAGAUCAUACCUUUGAAUUAGAUGAAGCUGCAUUGUCAGAAAUUCUUCUACAAGACGACGUGAAAGAUAGAAGUGUGGUUGUGGUAUCUGUUGCAGGUGCCUUCAGGAAAGGCAAAAGUUUCCUUCUUGACUUUUUUCUGCGUUACAUGGAUAACAAGUACACACUACACAGUAAUACCGAUUCUUGGUUGGGCGCUGAAGAUGAACCACUAAGUGGUUUUUCAUGGAGGGGUGGUUCCGAAAGGGAUACCACAGGAAUAUUGAUGUGGUCGAAGGUUUACCCCGCUACCUUGGCGAACGGUGAAAAGGUCGCUGUAAUUCUUAUGGACACUCAAGGCGCUUUCGACAGUCAGUCAACUGUGCGAGACUGCGCGACGGUGUUCGCGUUAAGUACAAUGGUGUCUUCUGUGCAAAUAUAUAAUCUGUCACAAAACAUUCAAGAGGAUGAUCUACAACAUCUACAGUUGUUCACCGAAUACGGUAGACUGGCGUUGGAAAGCACCGACAGCACGCCCUUUCAAAGACUGCAGUUUUUAGUCAGAGACUGGGUUUAUCCGUACGAGGCUGAUUACGGCGCUACCGGCGGAAAGAAAUUGCUCGACAAAAGACUGGAAAUUUCUGAUAGGCAACAUCCGGAAUUGCAAAGCUUGCGAAAACACAUUAAGUCCUGCUUUUCGGACAUAUCGUGUUUUCUCAUGCCGCAUCCCGGUCUUGAGAUUGCAACAAAUCCGAAAUUCGACGGUAGAUUAUCUGAGAUACAAGCCGAGUUCAAGAAACAGUUGAAAGUGCUCAUACCGAUGAUACUAGCGCCGGAAAAUCUGGUAACUAAGAAAAUCAACGGCCAAGUCGUAAAAGCAAAAGAUUUAUUGGAAUAUUUCAAGAGUUACAUCAAUCUUUAUAAGGGAGAUGAACUUCCUGAACCGAAAAGCAUGCUUGUGGCCACGGCGGAAGCUAACAACUUGACCGCUGUAGCAGAAGCUAAAGAUUUGUACCUUCAGAUGAUGGAAAACGUGUGCGGUGGAGCAAAACCAUUUUUAGCGACUGCUCACUUAGAAUCCGAACAUCAACACUGCGUGGACUCAGCUCUUCGUCUAUUCCAGAAUAAACGAAAGAUGGGUGGCGAGGAAUUCAGUCAAAUAUAUAUGGAAAAAUUGGUUAAGGACAUGGAAGACUCUUUCUCACAAUUUAAAGCACACAAUGAGAGCAAAAAUAUUUUUAAAGCAGCGCGAACGCCAGCAGUGUUUUUCGCAAUUGCCGUUACCAUGUACAUUUUAUCUGGAAUAUUUGGUCUUGUUGGUCUGUACACAUUAGCAAAUAUAUGUAAUCUUAUUAUGGGUACUGGCUUGCUCACGCUUGUCUUAUGGGCAUAUAUAAGGUAUAGUGGAGAAUUUAGAGAAAUUGGAACGCAGAUAGAUGACUUAGCCAGUAAAAUAUGGGAAAAUUGUACUAAUGAAAAACGAUAUUUGAGAAAGGUCUGGCUAUGCGCUCAUCUUUGUUAUAAAUUUACGUAUACAUUAAGAUACUUAAUUCUGUCCAUUAUUGUGAUUAUAUUUGCAAUACCUAUAUGUCAUUUUACCUAUCGAGAUCUUCAUAGACAUGGCUAUAUCUGAUCACACGCUUUUCUUUUCUAAUUUUAAUCUUUAAUUAUCUUUAAUUCUGAAUAUAUUGCUUUUCUCUUCGACUCUUUAUGUUUCUUACACAUCUGUUUCGCAUUUUUUCUUACUGAACAAAACUGUUUCAUAAUAGAAGUAACCAUUAACAUUACUCUCUUUUAUUGUCUUUUUUUAUUCCUGUCAUAAGCUGAGUGCUAACAGGAGCAAAUAUCGAAAAGGUAUGGCAUUCGACUCAUAUAUAAUCAAAUAUUUAAUAACUAUAUUACACUGAUAACACUUUCCCUUUCAAAAAACAUUCAUCCAUUACUUAAUUAAAAAACUAUUUCUUUCGUAUAACUAUUGAUACUUUUUCUAUAUUCAGCGUUAAGUUCCGUAAAGUGAAUGCUGCAUCUAGUGUAGCUAGAAAAUAAUAAAAAAUCUUUAAAUUUAGAAGUAACGUAUAAUUAUCCGUCGUCGCCUAUAUAAUUGUCAUAAAAGUGUAAUAUUAAUUUAAAAAAAUUUUUUGUUUAGUUCAUGAAGCCACUCUACCAACAAUUCGUGGAGAAGUCCGUGUCUGUAGCAGUGGCGCAGGCUGCUGAACUUGCGGCAACGAAUUCAACAACAAACGCCACUGUGACUGCCAAUGGCAAGCCUAAAUUAUUGUAACGUUCAUUCUCAUAUCCAUAUCCUAAUUGUUCAAACGAAUCGAAAUAUUGCAUCCUUAUAUGUUAAUAUUAAGUGGCGUAAUCAAAUUUUACAAUAUCAUUAUCUCUUGACAUACCACCAUGAAUAGUUUUCUCUCUGUUUAAAACUGGAUUAAACAUUAUGGCUUGGAAGCAUUAAUUUGAAAAUGACUGUGAAUGUAUAUACGAUGUAUUCUAAUUAUAAAAACAGCGUUAGAUUGAUGGAAAUCAUGAUUACUAGUAUUGCCUAGUAUAUCCUUGAUAUGUGAAUGUUGUAAAAAUAAAAUCUUGUACUGGUGAAAAAUAUUAUUGUAGCUUAACCUAAAAGUUUUAUCACGGGGAUGUUAAUAUAUAUUUAAAGUUAUUGAAAAAUAGAAAAGUGCAUUUUUGAAAAUAUCAGGACACAUUAGGGGAAAAUAAGUCCUAAUAGUUCUCAUUGUUUUUUUUUUUUCCAUUAUAUCAAGCUUUCUGUUGUAUCCAUUAUAUUUAAAGUGCAUUUUGAAUUUUUGUUUUAAUAAGGAUUUUGUUUUGCAUGGAUUAUGUCUUAAGAUUAUGUUCUUGUUAUUUUAUGUGUUAUUUAUAUGCUUGGGCUAACAAAGUUCAGAUUUCAUUCGUGCCAGAAACGCGCUACAUGAGUUGUACUACUGUUUAAUAAAAGAAGGAAUGUAUAUAUUGCACGAUGUUAUUCACAUUCUAAGUAGUUUAAAAGAAAAAGUGAUAAAAAUGUUAAGAACUUAUUUAAUUGACUCCGAUAUAGAUAUUCACACGCCAUAUUGUUGUAGUGACUUAAUUAAAUGUAAUGACUUUAUUAAAUGCAAUAUCUCGAAGUUGUCCGAUUAUAUUGAUCUAUUUAAGAAUAAUAUAAGUCUUAUUGCCACAACACACUGUUAAUAAUAAUCAAAUUUGUGUCGUAGAUAUGCUGGACUACAUUUUCUAUAUUGCUCAUUGAAUAAAACUGAUCAGUGAAUACUUUAAAUUUAUGAAGUUUGUAAUAUUACGUUUAUUUAAAUCUGCAUAUGUAGAAAAAUUAGGUUUUUGAUCUCCAUGAAUUUUGUUCAAUGAGCAAUCUUGAUAAUACAAUUUGACGUGUAUUAAAAACUCUACCAAGUCUUGCCAAAUAAUUCCUAAUGUACUUUAUAUUUGAUCUAUAACGUACUCGAGAGAGUAAUAUAUUUUAUUUAUACUCGCAUAUAGUCUUUUAACACGAAAUUUAUUAAUACAUUAUAACAUGGACUUAUUGAAGGAGAUAAUUAUUACAAUUUAUUAAAUAAAAAAGGACAUGCCUCAUAUUUUCCUAACAUAGUAAAAAUUAGAAGUCUAUACUUGGUGGUGGUUUUAAUAACACUAGAAUUUAUUUAUAUAUGUAUUUGAUAUUUUGAAUUAUUUACAUGGUGAAGACGUACGUAAGAAACAAGUUCACAUUUAUAAACCAAAAUAUAUCAGCUUUUUAACAUAAUAGAUUCAAAAUUUGGGUACAUUAUUUUUUGUAAUGAUAUUUUUUUAUAUCUUUAUUGACAGAUAUAAAUAUUAGAGGCAGCUUUUUUAAAAAAUAUUCUUUAUUAAUAUAUUUGUUUUAUUAAUUGAGUUACAAUACAAUAGUUGAGUCAGUAAAGAAUUUUGUAUUAUUAAUAUAGCCGUAUAAUCGUCAUCUUAUUGUACAAUAUUUUAUACAAAAUGGGGUAUACAUGUAUGUAGGAUAACAGCAGAAUGAUUAUGGAGGUGCCAUUAAAAUUUAAUUUUUGGUUACCAAGA